AUGGGCAAGAAUAAGUCAAAGAAGCAGAAGCCAGCAGUCAAAUCACAGAAAAAGGGAGCAGCAAAGAAACCAGCUAAAGAAGAGAGCUCAUCAGAAGAGGAAGAUGAUGAUGAGGAAGAGAUGGAACCAGUAAAGACACCUACAAAAAAUGCCAAAAAAGAGGAAAGUUCAGAGGAAGACAGUGAAGAGGAAGAAAGUGAAGAGGAGGAAGAUGACAGUGAAGAGGAGGCAAAACCAACUAAGAGGAAAACAGAUAACAAAGAAGGACCAGCAGCAAAGAAGCAAAAGAAAAGUGAAGGUGUAAAUGGAAGCGAACCAGUCACCUUGUUUGUUGGAAAUUUGAACAAGAACACAUCAGAAGAGGAUGUUUCAAAUUUCUUCACUGAAAACAGCAUCGGUGUAGCAGCUGUACGCAUACCACCAAAUAAGAACAAUGCCUUCGUAGACCUGGAAGAUGCUAAUGAUCUAGAGAGUGCCUUGGCACUGAAUGGCAGCAGCCUCCAGAAGAACACAAUCACAGUUGCAAAGGCAAAGGCAAGAAUCCAGAACAAUCAGUCUUUUAGUUCACCCGGUGACGGGUUCAACAAAGGAGAGGAUGACAAGGACAGCCGUACUCUGUUCGUGAAAAAUAUUCCAGAAGACGCAACAGUCGACAGCUUAAGUGCCAUUUUUGAUACAGCCUCUGAUGUCAGACUCCCAUCGAGAGAUGGUGCUGGGUUUGUUGAAUUUGCUGACAAACAAACAUGUGAGGCGGCAAUGUCAGAGAAACAGGGAGCAGAUUUAAAUGGCAGUUCAAUAUAUCUGGACUACGUCGGCGCCAAAAGUUCAUUCAAGAGGGGUGGACAACAAGGUGGCAGAGGAAACGACAGGAGAGGCGGCAGAGGAGGGUUUGGAGGUGACAGACAGAACAACUCAAAUUUGAGGGGAGAGUCCAAGGUCUUGUUUGUGAAGAACCUCAGUUACGACACAGAUGAAUCCUCACUGAGAUCUGUCUUUGAUGGAGCCGUUUCAGCCAGAAUUCCAACCUUCCCAGACUCCGGAAAACCCAAGGGAUUUGCUUUUGUGGACUUCAGUUCGGCUGAGGCAGCUGCAGAUGCAUUUGAUUCCAUGAAUGGACAGUCUAUUGAUGGACGACAGGUCAUGCUAGACUUUGCUGCAGACAAAGGCAGCGGUGGUGGUGGAUUUAGCCGAGGUGGUGGUGGCG